CAUAAAAUUGCUCUAUAAAACAGUUUUUUUUCUUUUGUUUUAGAUUACGCUAUUUUAAAAGUUUUGACAUAGAUCUAGCUCUUUAAAAAAGAAAAUUCAGAAAGUUGAUGACAAUAACAAAACACUCUUCUGAAAAGUCUUCCUAUAUAACAAUGACAGAUAGCAGAGAGAACAGAGAUCAACCCCAACCUGAUGAUGACCUGAGUAUACCAAGAGCAGCUCUGAACAAAAUGAUCAAAGAGUUGCUGCCCAACAUACGAGUCGCCAAUGAUGCAAGGGAGCUUAUACUUAGCUGUUGUACAGAAUUCAUACACCUAGUUUCCUCGGAGGCUAAUGAGAUCUGUGUCAAGACAAACAAGAAAACUAUCUCCCCUGAUCAUAUUGUAGCAGCUUUAGACAGUUUGGGAUUUGGAGCAUACAAAAAUGAAGCCAAAGCUGUUCUCAAAGAAGCAAAAGCAGUAGCAGCUAAGAAACGUCGUGGAAGCUCAAGGCUUGAGAAUCUUGGCAUUCCAGAGGAAGAACUAUUACGCCAGCAACAAGAGCUGUUUGAAAAAGCUAGGCAAGAACAGGCCAUGUUGGACCAGCAACAGUGGAUGCAAAUGCAGCAGGCUUUGCAACAGCAACAACAGCAGCAACAGCUGAGGCAGGAUGAGAAUGAUGACUACUCCUAGCAGGAGAGUGACAGGGGCACAAGUGGAUUUGUGAUUGAACCAAAUGUUUGGAUCUGGCUAUUGUGUGUUAUGAUUGAACUGUAAUAAAUAUUCAUUUCUCUAUUCAAUUUUUGUUUGACUUAGCUUCUCUAAGUUUUCUCUCAGAUUUAGAAGUUCCUCAAAGUAGAAUGGCAGGUUCAUAAUAAAAAUAUAUUCCUUCUAGUUUUUUUCGCCAUGAAAUGUCUAUUAUAAAUAGCUAAUAACUAUGGGUACCCUUAGAUAUUUCCUCAAUUUGUAAACUUUUAAAGAUUCUCUUGAAUACUUAUGUAUAGAGCAAAAACAAAAAAGAUAUAUGACCUUCAUAAACUUGAUUUCUUAAUUCUUCUUGAACUUUUUCAUAAAAGAAAAUAGAAAUCUUAUCAACUACAAACGAUGAAGGUACAGUUAUUUGUAUAUAACAUUCAUUCACCCUGAUAUUCAAGAACAAUUCAUUCUAUGGUAAAACAUUUUACUGUAACAAAACUAUUCCAAAUUUUAUUUUUGUAAUUGAUAAGGAUUCUAAGUACAUCUAAAAUAAUUAAAAAUAGAUUUAAUUACAUUAAAAGUUGAUAAAAUAAAAAUAUACUCAUGUUUAACAAAUAUUUUUUAGUAAAGAUUCAUUCAGUUCUCUUUAAAAAAAAAAAAGUAUUAUAUUUCAACAGCUCAUUUAUUGUUUGAAGUAUGAGAUAAAAACCCAGAUCUGGACAAUAUCUAAACUUUUUUUUUAGAAACAUAACUUCUUUAGCCAACAGAUUCAAUAUCUUUAUUUUAUCCCUUCAAAUUGCAUGGAAAAUAACAUGCUUCAAAUGUCUAGAAGAAUCCCAGUAAAUUUACUACAAAAAGUAGUUUUUAUCUUUACAGUAACAUUUCAACCUAAGGCUUGCUUAACUCAAUAGUGCCUAGUUCCAGUUUAAAAAAAACUCUAUUAUCUUACAAAAGAAAGAUAACUCUGAAUUUGAAAAAAAAAUUAAAAAUUAACAAACAUUUUUAAAAAUAU